AUCCCGGCCUGCCCCUGGGCGGUCCGGGGUGGAGGGUUCUAGAAGGAGUGACGUGGGGUCUGGAGCGGGCUCGGAGGCGGGUGCCUCACGGCAGUAGCUGUGGCCGCAGCGCCGGGCCUGGGGACGUGGGCGGUCGGAGCCGCGAACGCAGCUUCCUCAUCUCCCCGGCCAUGGCCGCGCUUGGCCGGCCCUUCAGCGGCCUCCCCCUGAGCGGCGGCUCGGACUUCCUGCAGCCGUCGCCGGCCUUCCCCGGCCGGGCCUUCCCGCCGGGGGCGGACGGCGCCGAGCUGACCCCGCGGCCGGGACCCCGCGCUGCCCCGAGCAGCCCCGGCGGGAGCGCGGCGCGCGGACGUGUUUCUGAUCACUGUAGAAAGAAACACAAGCGAGAGGAGGAGGAGGAUGAUGAUUGCCCAGUGAGAAAGAAAAGGUUGACUGAAGCAGGGCUCUGUGCUAGUCCUAAUGACUGGAUUCUUUGUGCACAUCAGAAUAUAGAGGGUCAUGGAGUAAAUCCUUGCUCUAGCGGCCUUUCUGCACCUGGUAUAUUAGAUGUUAUUUGUGAAGAAAUGGAUCAGACAACAGGAGAACCACAGUGUGAAGUUGCCCGAAGGAGGCUUCAGGAAAUUGAGGACAGAAUAAUUGACGAAGAUGAAGAAGUUGAAGCUGACAGAAAUAUAAACCAUCUCCCCAGCCUUGUCCUUUCUGAUACCAUGAAAACAGGUUUGAAGAGGGAAUUUGAUGAAGUCUUUACAAAGAAAAUGAUUGAGUCCAUGAGCCGUCCUUCCAUGGAGCUUGUGCUCUGGAAACCUCUCCCUGAACUCCUUUCCGAUAAGCCAAAGCCAUCAUCUGAUGCUAAGAACUACACAGGAGAGAGCCAAACUAAGCAUGCAGCUGCCGGCACUGCCUUCCCUCAAAGAACGGAACUGUUUGUGGAACCUCGGCAAACAGGGUUGCCUGUUUACAAUAGUUUGGAGACAGCUGCUUGCACAGAAGAAGAGAUGGAACUCUAGAAACCAGUUUCAACCCUAAAGUUGGUGAAAUUUAGAAGGCCCAUGUGUUCAGUCAUGAGCCUGCUUAUGUAGUAUAGGGACUUGAAGGUUUUGAAACGGGUGUAAUAUCUCCACCUGUAUUUUGGGGUGGGACUCAUUUUGGGUAGCCAUUUCUUGAAUUCAACUUUUUGCAAAGGAAACUUUUCUCAAGGGAAAAGCAGUUUUCUAGGGGUCUUAUUAAAGGAAUAUGAGGUCACAUUCUGCAAAGUCAGGUAUAGAAGCUGUAUGUGUGAAAGUAGCUUAAGUUAUCUGUCGUAUUGUCUAAAUCAUUCAGAUAUUUGGAGAAUAUUCAGAUACUUGAGUUGAAAAAGAUGCAUUAAGAAAGAAGGAUUCCCUUGUGCAUCAGAUAAAGGAUCUGGCAUUGUCACUGCAGCAGUGUGGUUUCAAUCCCUGGCCUGAGAACCUUUGGGUGUGGGUGCAAAAAAAGAAAAGGGAAGAAGGAUGUUCUUCCUGCUACAAGCGUACCUGACAGCUUCAUAUUUAGAUAUGAGCUCUCUGCAGUGAUUGGGGAGAGGAAGGAAGAAGACAGUAGCUUAAGCUUGUUGCUGGGAAAUUUAACAGAGGCUCUAAAACUUGCAUAUUACUUGUCAAUUCAGUGUAACUAUAUUGAAUUAAAUAACCAGUAGGUUGUGGCUCACCUCUGCCUCUGAAAAUGCAAUGAAAAUACAAAGAAAAUGUUUUUCCUUGGAGGCUUUUUUGCCUUGUGCUACUGUUGCUCCUUGGAUUCCCUUGCAUAAUUGAUAAGCCCACCUAUUCAGUAAUGUUUACAACUUAAUAACUGGGUGGUAUGUUAAAAGAUUGUGAGUUAACACGUGCAAAUUGGCUCUGGGAGAACCAUCCCUUAGGUAAUCCUGAGGAAGUGCUGUUUCAGCGAAGCCCAGCAUGUAACUUCUGUAGUUAAAAAAAGGUUGUGCCUAUAUAGCAAGUUGAGUUUUUUAAUAUUAAUUUACAAAACAGUGACUGCAUAAUUAACUGAGAGCAUACAGUGAGUGACCUGGAGAUUAACAGUUUUAGCCAAUUUGCCUGGUGCUUCAGGUAUUGUGCGAAAGCCUAAAAGUAGAGACUAGCUUCCUGCUAGCAGAAGUCUUCGUCUUGAGGACCUUCCCCAGGCUCAGGGUGUCCUCUGAGGGGAACCAGGAUUGAAACUUUCUCAGGAAGAGCUCUUCUGUGUGGCAAGGACCUGGUAGUACAAAGUAAAAUGAGUUCCUUUAGUGCUGUAGGAUAUCCACCAUAACUUAUUAAAUAUUACUGGCCCUUUUAUCGUACAGCAGAGACCACCCCAGUUCUCUUUGUUUUGUUUUUCUGGGUUUCUUUUGCCUUUGUAGAUAUCAGACACCUUGUGUAGAAGAAAUGAUUUAUGCCAAGUGGAGGUGACUUUUUAGGAGCCAGUUAGAGGCAAUUUUGAAACCCAUGCCGAAAUCCCUCUUCUUACAGUUGGUGUAGAAGUCACAAGUCUGUUAAUUGGACUGUUUCCUCUACCUAUUGUUCCUGCUUUCUCUAUUUCUGUCUGGACAGUCAGGAAAAGAUUUAAUGUUUAAUAUUUAAACAAAAUAUUUAAUACCUACACAGUAAAAUUAUUCGAACUUCAAACCAGUAUUGAAACCAGUUGGAAACCAGCUAAUAGUUUCUUAAUCUCAGAUUUAGAGAUGAAUGUAAACUGUAUUCUGUUGAAAUGUGCAAGUGUUUGAUUCAUGCCGUUUAAAAAACUCCUGCCUUUAGGUCAUUGUUUAAUGGGACCAACUCGUAAAGUUUGUAGCCUUAAAGAAAUCUCUAUGCUAAAAAAGUUUGUUCUGGUACAGCUAAGAAACAUGAAAUAACUGCCUGGAAUUUGGAGUUAGCCCCAGUGUUCUGGUGAAGGGGAGGUGACAGUUUUCCAAAGAAGGACCCAUACACACUGAUAUUGUCUUCUAUAGGGAUUGUUGGACAGGCCUCAGAUCAAGGUCUGUACAAUGAACAGGAGGAAAGAAGAGCUUUGAAACAAGGCUCAUGAUACCACUGGUGAAUAUAGGUGAGAACUAGUAAGAUUCUGUUAACAUCCAAGUGGAAGUUGUUUCAGGAGUCAUAUUGUAUGACUUGAUCAUUAUUUCUGCAGGAAAAAUGGAUGUUCAGUGCUCUUUUUUAAACUUUAUCUUGCAUAUGUUUGUAUAAAAAUCAUCUUCAUCCUUGUGGUGCUUAUUCAUCUGAGCCGUUUCCAUAGUCCUCAUGCCUCUGCUUUGUUUUUCCUUUGUAAAGUAAGGCUUUUGCUUUUGCCUUAAAGUUUCCCUUAGGGAAUUCUUUUCAUUUUGUACAGCUUUUGCAGCAUGGAUCAAACAUUGGCUUACUUACGCUAAUGUGUGAAGAGAAAAUUAUCUGAACAGGUGAGCUUUAAUGAACAAAUGUAUAUUUUCUCUGAGUUUGAGUAGGGCGUGUGUGAUUGCAUUUUUUUUUUUAAUUAAUAUGAAGAAAGUAAGUCCAGUUCUCACAAAUACUAAUCAAAUAAAAAUUGCUACUCAUUCUUGAAAAGGUGCAAAUGUAAAAUUUUUAAAAAAUAUCUGUGGUGGGAGCUAGAACCAUGCAAAGAAUGUUUACCAACAGGUUCAUUAAUUAUUUUGGAUCUGGAACUUGGUUUUGUUUUUUAAUAGUAAUAAGAAUGGUAGAGUACUAGGAAGGUUCUGGAAGAUGCUGUCAAUUUUACUUUAAAAUGAGAAUCUGGUGUUUCUGUAUUUUAUUGUUUUCAAUAAAACUUAAGUGUUUUGGACUUUUUGAGA